AGUUUGACCGUCCGCUUUCGCGUUCUGCACGUGCUUAACCUAUCAGUGAUGCGAGCGUUAGCUAUAUUGUGCUGUGCUGCCGUGAUAGCGCAUGUGUAUGGAGAGAAAUUGGAUUCUGGCUUAACAAACGCCGAAUUUUAUGAUCUGAUAAAAGACUAUAUUACAGACGUGGAGAUCAUAGAAAAUGAUGAAGAUGAACUUGAAAGCGAGAUCGGCGAAGACAAUGAUGACGUCAUCACGUUACCUGGAGGCCCGGAUGAUGAACUGGAUUUGGAAUAUAUAGCUGACAGACUUGGUUUGACAAAACCUAAAACAGCACAACGUGGUGUCGGCUGGCACCACCAUCACCACCACCACCACCAUCAUCAUCACCACCAUCAUCAUCAUCAUCAUCACCACGGGAGUUUUAGCUGCCAUUGUCACCAUGACAGUUGCGGUUGCUGCCUACACCACACCUUCAAAGUUCAUCUGUGGGUACAUAAGAUCAAAUUCACACUUCAUGCAUGUGUUAACGUUGCCUAUCUGCCGAGGGAUCAUGGCUUCCGAAUAACCUUCACCUUGAACGGUCAUCGUCUCCUGCACAAGGAAAUUUCGUUGAGGCACCCACCUUCUCUGUGUUACGGUGUUCCUGGCUUGAGAAGGUUCGCCAAGAUUUGUCUACAAUUUUACAACAUCAACUUACGUACAAAACGUGUAUGUGCAAGACUUGCUGGAAUUCUCGAUCUUAAGUUCAAGAAAUUUCGGGUCCAUCUGAAGUUGGGAUGUUUCAGAAUUCCAAUCCUGGACGGAGAAGCGCUCGCAAAUCUCCUGAACGACAGAGACUUCCUGCAAGUUGAUGUGCAAGCGUCUGACGAAGAAAGUAUUGAAGUUGAACCACGUGACUUGAUCGACAUGUUUCGCGAACUUCAAAGCAUGGAUGGAGACGGAGAUGAGAUAAAUGUUGAAGAGAACGAAGAUACAUUUUAAAAAUUUUGAGGAGUUUUAAGAAUUCGAUCGUAUUCAAUAUUUAAAUUUGCAACUGGAUAUAUAUAGCUUACCUUAUGUAGCAAAAUAUUAAGACUGGCAAAAAGUAGUGAACAAUUAUACUAGAUUUAAGAUAUGUAUAAUAAAUUGUAAAUAUUUAAAUAUAUUUUACAUUUCUUUA